AUGACGACCAUCACUAGGACAUGGACCUGCUUUUUUGUAUGCUGCUUCCUGUCCAUUUUGGCACUUCCUGUGACAUCACAAACAGUGGUGCAAGCCCCACAGGCUCACAGUUCUGGCUCCCAAGUAAUCACAGCAUCCCUUGAGGAGGAGGAGUAUUCAUCAUUUCAUGCUGAGAACACUGAAUGGACAUUCAACCAUCUAGCGGUGGACAAUCGCAAUGGUAAUGUUUAUUUAGGAGCCGUCAAUCGUAUCUACAAACUGUCCCCGGGUUUGGAGGUCCAGGUGUCCCAUGAGACUGGUCCAGAUGAAGACAACCGCAAGUGCUACCCACCACGGAUCGUCCAGCCCUGCAGUGAGCCACUGACACUCACCAACAAUGUCAACAAGAUGCUUCUGAUGGACUAUCGGGAGAAUCGGCUACUGGCAUGUGGCAGCCUCUACCAGGGUAUCUGUAAACUGCUUCGCCUAGACGAUCUCUUCAAACUUGGAGAACCCUUUCACAAGAAAGAGCACUACCUCUCAGGUGUCAAUGAGAGUGGCUCUGUGUUUGGUGUCAUUGUUUCAAAUGAAAAACUCUCUCAGGACAUGCUGUUUGUAGCCACAGCUGUGGAUGGCAAGCCAGAGUACUUCCCUACCAUCUCCAGUCGCAAAUUGGCCAGAAACUCAGAGGAGGAUGGCAUGUUUGCCUAUGUCUUCCAUGAUGAGUUUGUGGCCUCACUGCUUAAGAUCCCCUCAGACACCUACACUGUCAUCCCAGACUUUGACAUAUAUUACAUUUAUGGCUUUGCCAGUGGAAACUUUGUCUACUUCCUGACUUUGCAGCCUGAAAUGGGGGGUGGGCCAACCACCAGAUCCUCCUCUACAGGUCGAGAACAGGUCUACACCUCCAAGAUAGUCCGCCUCUGUAAGUCAGACAGAGCCUUCAACUCUUAUGUAGAGGUGCCAAUUGGAUGCAUUAGUGGCAAUGUUGAAUACCGUUUACUCGAGGCUGCCUACCUGUCCAAAGCUGGUGCUAUCCUGGCACGCUCACUAGAUGUGGCGCCGGAUGACGACGUCCUGUUCGCUGUAUUCUCGAAAGGCCAGAAGAGACGUCCACGCCAGGCAUCCCAGGACUCUGCACUAUGCGUCUUUUCUCUGCGGAAGAUCAACGACAAAAUCAAGGAGAGGCUGCAGUCCUGCUACAAGGGAGAGGGCACACUGGACCUGGCUUGGCUCACAGUCAAAGAUGUUCGCUGCAGCAGUGCGCUCUUGACCAUUGACGACGACUUUUGUGGCCUCGACAUGAAUGCGCCAUUGGGUGUGUCUGAGAUGGUGCGUGGCAAGCCUCUGUUCUCCGACGCCGUUGACAAAAUGACCUCCGUCAUCGCCUACGUCUACAAAAACCACUCACUGGUCUUCGUGGGCACAAAGAGUGGACGAGUGAAGAAGAUCCGGGUAGAUGGCUCCUCUCGUGCUUUGCAGUAUGAGACGGUGCAGGCAGUGGAAAAUGGACCCAUCCUCAGAGACAUGGCCUUCUCCUCUGAUCACCACUACCUCUAUGUCAUGUCUGAGACCCAGCUGUCACGGGUGCCGGUGGAGGCCUGUGGUCAGUACUCAACCUGCAGUGAAUGUCUUGGAUCAGGAGAUCCCCACUGUGGCUGGUGUGUCCUGCACAACAUGUGCACCAGAAAGGAGAAAUGCGAGCGUUCAUCAGAGCCUCGGCGCUUUGCAUCGGACAUCAAGCAGUGUGUGCGUCUCAGUGUCCAUCCCAACAACAUUUCAGUGUCCCAGUUUAGUGUCACGUUGGUAUUAGAGGCCCAUAAUGUCCCAGAACUUUCUGCUGGUGUCAACUGCACCUUUGAAGACCUUGCUGAGAUGAAUGGCUUGGUGGAGGGAAACCGGAUUAAGUGCUUCUCCCCUGCUGAGAAAGAGAUGCCACGUAUUAUUGUUGACAAAGGUGACCACCAGAUUGUGCAGCUCUAUCUCAAAUCCAAAGAAACAGGCUUGGCUUUCGUGAAUACCAGUUUUGUUUUCUACAACUGUAGCGUGCACAAGUCGUGUCUGUCAUGUGUCAGUAGUCCCUACCAGUGCCACUGGUGUAAAUACAGACAUGACUGUACCCACGACCCUCGUACAUGUUCCUUCCAGGAGGGACGUGUCAAGACGCCUGAGGAGUGUCCCCAGUUGCUGCCUGCAGAGAGGAUCCUGGUGCCAGUCAAUGUGGUAAAACCCAUUACCCUGCGGGCUAAGAACCUCCCCCAGCCCCAGUCUGGACAGAGGGGGUAUGAGUGUCUUCUGACCAUCCAGGGAAAUGAGCACAGAGUUCCUGCCCUGCGCUUCAACAGCUCCUCAGUGCAGUGUCAAAACACAUCGUAUUUCUAUGAUGGGAUGGAGAUGAGCAGUCUUCCUGUGGAGCUGACCGUCAUCUGGAACGGAGAUUUCAGCAUCGACAACCCCGCCCACAACAAAGUCCAUCUGUACAAGUGUGACGCCCAACGUGGAAGCUGUGGUUUGUGUCUAAAGGCAGACCCGCUGUUCGGGUGCGUUUGGUGUAAAGGAGAGAAUCGCUGCACCCUCAAACAACACUGCCCCCACCCUGAGAACCAGUGGCUGGAACACAACGGCAUCAACAGCAAGUGCACCCACCCACGGAUCACACAGAUUACUCCUCUGCGGGGUCCCAGAGAGGGCGGCACACUUGUGACCAUCCGUGGUGAGAACCUGGGACUGGAGUUCAGAGAGAUUCAGGGUAAUGUGAAGGUGGCUGAAGUGGAAUGCACACCCAUACGUGAGGGCUACAUCCCUGCUGAACAGAUUGUGUGUGAGAUGGGCAAAGCAGAGAAGAGUCAGUAUACUGGGAACGUGCAGGUCUGUGUUGGGGUUGGAGAAUGCAGACCAGAAUUCAUGGCAAAGUCCUCCAAGUACUACUACUUUGUGAUCCCAAGGAUUCACAACCUGAAGCCCAGCCGAGGGCCAGUCUCCGGGGGAACCAUUGUCAACAUCACCGGCAGCCACCUUGACGCUGGGAGCAAUGUGUCAAUUAUGUUUAAGGACCAGCCGUGCACUUAUCUGAGGAGGGGUGGCCUAUGGCUCACAUGCCGAACUCAUGCUUCCCUGAAUGGAUACGGAAACGUGUCUGUGUCUGUGAGCAUAGACAAGGCUCACCUACAGAAGGACCUGCGGUUUGAGUAUGUGGAAGAUCCCACCAUAACCAAAAUAGAGCCAGAGUGGAGCAUCUAUAGUGGACACACUCCAGUGACAGUGACAGGAACUAACCUGGACAUAAUUCAAACCCCACUCAUCAGAGCCAAAUACAACGGCCACGAGACACUCAAUUUGUGCCAGGUGCUAGGCCCUACAUCCAUGCUGUGCCAGGCCCCAGAGCUGCCCAUCAGCCUGGCCAGGCAGCAAGAGGUGCCUGAAAGACCUGACGAGUUCGGCUUUAAACUGGACGAUGUGCAGGCUCUUAUGGCACUCAACAACACCAACUUUAUCUACUACCCCAAUCCAGAGUUUGAACAGCUCAGCGUGUCUGGGGUGCUAGAGCUUAAACCUGGAUCACCCAUCAUACUGAAGGGGCGGAACUUCCUUCCACCAACCAGUAGUGGAAAUGGAAAGCUGAACUACACAGUGCUGAUAGGCGAGAAGACCUGCAUGUUAACAGUGUCAGAGACCCAGUUGCUCUGUGAGUCACCCAACCUGACGGGUCGGCACAAGGUCCUGGCUCGUGUGGGUGGAAUCGAGUUUUCUCCAGGUGUGGUCCACAUCACGUCUGACAGCCCGCUUAGCAGCACAGCAAUCAUUGGCAUUGCUGCAGCAGGUGCCCUGCUCAUCCUCUUCAUUGUGGUGGUGCUCAUCGCCUACAAGCGCAAGUCUCGUGAGAGUGACCUGACCCUGAAGAGGCUGCAGAUGCAGAUGGACAAUCUUGAGUCACGUGUUGCACUGGAGUGCAAAGAGGCUUUUGCAGAGCUCCAGACAGACAUCCAUGAGUUGACCAGUGAUUUGGACGGAGCAGGGAUCCCCUUCUUGGACUACAGGACCUACACCAUGAGGGUCCUUUUCCCAGGCAUUGAGGAACAUCCUGUACUCAAAGACCUGGAGUGGCACAAACAGCACAAGACUGAGUCUGUUGCAGAGAAAAUGCUGACCAACUGGUUUACGUUUCUCCUCUACAAGUUUCUUAAGGAGUGUGCAGGGGAACCUCUCUUCUCCCUUUUCUGUGCCAUCAAGCAGCAGAUGGAGAAAGGCCCCAUUGACUCCAUCACAGGAGAGGCACGCUACUCGCUCAGUGAAGACAAGCUCAUCAGACAACAGAUUGACUACAAGACGCUGGUGGUGAACUGCAUCCAUCCAGAAAAUGAGAAGAGCCCAGAGAUUCAGGUGAAGGUCCUGAACUGUGACACCAUCAGUCAGGUGAAGGAGAAGAUCCUGGAUGCUAUCUACAAGAAUGUCCCACACUCACACCGCCUAAAAGCCUCUGACAUGGACCUGGAAUGGCGGCAGGGCCGAGGACAGCGCAUGAUCCUGCAGGAUGAGGACGUCACAACUAAGAUCGAAACUGACUGGAAAAGACUCAACAUGCUGGCCCAUUAUCAGGUGACUGAUAAUGCAGUAAUGGCCUUGGUUCCCAAGCAAGUUACAGCCUACAAUUCAGUGAACAACUCCACAGUGUCUCGAACUUCUGCAAGUAAAUAUGAGAACAUGAUUAAAUACACCGGAAGCCCCGACAGCCUGCGAUCCCGUACUCCUAUGAUCACUCCUGACUUGGAGAGCGGCGUCAAGGUUUGGCACCUGGUUAAGAACCACGAGCACGGAGACCAGAAGGAGGGCGACCGCGGCAGCAAGAUGGUCUCAGAGAUCUACCUGACACGACUUCUGGCUACCAAAGGUACGUUACAGAAGUUUGUGGAUGACCUGUUUGAGACCAUCUUCAGCACGGCCCAUCGAGGCAGCGCCCUGCCACUGGCCAUCAAAUAUAUGUUCGACUUCCUGGAUGAGCAGGCCGACAAACACAACAUCCAUGACCCGCAUGUUCGACACACAUGGAAGAGCAACUGCCUACCUCUGCGUUUUUGGGUGAAUGUGAUCAAGAAUCCCCAGUUUGUGUUUGACAUCCAUAAGAGCAGCAUCACAGAUGCCUGUCUGUCCGUGGUGGCCCAGACCUUCAUGGACUCCUGCUCAACCUCAGAACACCGCCUUGGGAAGGACUCACCCUCUAACAAGCUGCUUUAUGCCAAGGACAUCCCCAGCUAUAAGAGCUGGGUGGAGAGGUACUACUCAGACAUUAAUAAGAUGCAGGCGAUCAGUGACCAGGACAUGAACGCCUACUUGGCAGAACAGUCACGGAUGCACAUGAAUGAGUUCAAUACCAUGAGCUCUCUCAGUGAGAUUUACUCCUAUGUGGGCAAAUACACUGAGGAGAUUGUGUGUUCACUGGAGCAGGACGAUGCAGCCAGGAAACAGAGGCUGGCCUUCAAGCUGGAGCAGGUGGUGGCCUUCAUGAGUCUGGAGAGCUGA